AUGCCCAUGCUCUGCCUGCUGGAACGGCAACGGCGAGCACUGGAAGACGACGGCCCCACAGACUGCGACUUCGACCAUGACGACGGCUCCUCAACCCAAAGAAACCCGAACAGCCACUCUCCGAAGAGAAACGGAAACCGACCUGACGCCCCUCCGUCGCGAAGAGACCUCCUCGACCACCAACCUCAGCGUGUACUCCCAAGAAAGCAGGACCAGCUCUGUCUCGCUCACCAACAUUCACCGCUUCGUUCGGGGGAAGGAAAUCGUUUAAGUGAGGGGUGGUAA